GGGCGCGCAGAAAGGGAGGGGCGGGUGGAGUCAGGCGCGCGCGCGCCAGAAGCGACGCGGAAGGAGCAGGCGAGUCGGGCGGAUCGGAUGGGUAGAGCGGUGUGGCCAGGUUGUUUGGGGGCGGUGCGUGAAGCCGCUCUGGGCCCGAGGGCGCCCAUCUCACUGGGCCGCUCGGUUCUAGGACCCGAUCCGGGGCAGGGGGAGGAGAACACCGGGUCAAGGGCCACCGUCGCCGCUCCCGGGAAGCCCUCCCGCCAGCCCGUCUGACCGCGCUUUGCGGGUUCUGCCUGUCACGAUCAGAUCAGCCAUUGAUUUGCCCUCCAACGUAAUCUGCUGAAAGCCCCUUCAAGUUUCUUCAGGAUGCCUGCGGCACUUGUGGAGAACAGCCAGGUCAUCUGUGAAGUCUGGGCCAGCAAUCUGGAAGAAGAGAUGAGGAAGAUCCGAGAAAUUGUGCUCAGUUACAGUUAUAUUGCCAUGGACACAGAAUUUCCAGGUGUUGUGGUACGACCCAUUGGUGAAUUUCGUAGUUCUAUAGAUUACCAGUAUCAGCUUUUACGGUGCAAUGUUGACCUUUUAAAAAUCAUCCAGCUGGGCCUUACAUUCACAAAUGAGAAGGGAGAAUAUCCUUCUGGAAUCAACACCUGGCAGUUCAACUUCAAAUUCAACCUUACAGAGGACAUGUACUCCCAGGAUUCCAUAGAUCUCCUCGCUAACUCAGGACUGCAGUUUCAGAAGCAUGAAGAGGAAGGGAUUGACACACUGCACUUUGCAGAGCUGCUUAUGACAUCUGGGGUGGUUCUCUGUGACAACGUCAAAUGGCUCUCAUUUCACAGUGGCUAUGAUUUCGGCUACAUGGUAAAGUUGCUAACAGAUUCUCGUUUGCCAGAAGAAGAACAUGAAUUCUUUCAUAUUCUGAAUCUUUUCUUCCCAUCCAUUUAUGAUGUCAAAUACCUGAUGAAGAGUUGUAAAAAUCUUAAGGGAGGUCUUCAGGAAGUUGCUGAUCAGUUGGAUUUGCAGAGAAUUGGAAGGCAGCACCAGGCAGGCUCAGACUCACUGUUGACGGGAAUGGCAUUCUUCAGGAUGAAAGAGUUGUUUUUUGAGGACAGUAUUGAUGAUGCCAAGUACUGUGGGCGGCUCUAUGGCCUAGGCACGGGAGUGGCCCAGAAGCAGAAUGAGGAUGUGGACUCUGCCCAGGAGAAGAUGAGCAUCCUGGCGAUCAUCAACAACAUGCAGCAGUGAUGGCGGCGAGGCUCUGCAGGCUGGCCCGGCUCCAGAGUGGUGCUUCCUGUGCUGACCGUGUAUACUCACCUUCCUCCCCAAGAGAAGACGCUUUUUUGAGCAAACUGUACCUACCAUCUGCAUUUACAGACAGACUUUUGUUUUACUGAAGACAAAAGAUGACUUUAUUUUAGAUCCAGAAGAAGUUUGCUCUGAAUUUGUAACGUCUUCCCUAUUCCUCAUCCCUAAGCCUCUCUUCUCCAGUUAUCUCCUGCCACCAGCAUCCAUGGCUCCUUUGACACCUUUUAAAAUCCAGGACAAGUUGGAAACAAACUAGUAAAAUGUAUAUAACUCUUACCUGUUGUCAUUCUUUUUCUUUUAAAUUUGUUGCUAAUCUCUGAGGAUGAAGACUUCUUGCUGUGAACCUCAGCUGAGCUGAGGGCUUCGAGCAAAAGUGGAACCAAGCGAUGGGCUUGUGAAGUGGGUUAUAGAUGUUGAGCCUUUUCCUUUCUUUCCUUUCUUUUGUUUAUUUUGACUUUUCUCAAGGACAUUUGCUUUCCUCACACUUUGCUGGUCUUAUGUAUUAUUAUGUGGAAAUGAAUUAGUGCUGAGAAGACCAGAUAAUGAAAAUGUUCCUUAAAAACAAAUUUCUACUGCAUCUGUCUACGCAUUAUAUACAAGGAACUCCAGAAUGGGUAUUAAGUUAACCACUUAAAUGUCUUCAAGUCUGUUCCAUUGUGCCACUGAGAUUAGCUGUGACAUAUGCAUCAUUUGAAAUCAUUCUAAGUUUUCAUUUCAUAAAAUAUCUUGGAAAUUACUGAGAGCAGGUUUUGGGUCGUAAGUCUGUUAUAUUUUCAGUAAUGUGAUUUCAGAUGGUUGUCUCUGUUCUCCCACCUCUCUUCUCCGUUUUCUGUGCUUUUCCUUUUCAGCAAACUGAGAAGUUAGGGACAUGGAUUAAUGUGAGUAGAAGGAAGGUGAGUCUUUUAAAAAAGUCACAGUGGUUACAUGUAAACAGGGCAGUAAGGAAUUUGGUUUAUAGGGUUCUCUUGGAGUAGUACCCCAUGCACAACUGGGGUAAGGAAGCUCAGGAUUGUGAAAUUUUUUUUUAACUAGUCAUUUAAAAAGUAUGCUGUAUUUUUUUUCUUUUUUUUGAAUGACUACAGUAUGGACAAUUUCAAAAACCAAAAACUCCUUUGGAAUAGUGGAAAUGAAAACUGGUAACUCACUGAAGUGGAUGAAUAGUCUUGCAUUUUAAAAGCUUAUGGAAAACUCAAUUUGAAAUGAUUAAAAAAUGUCAAGUAUUAUAAGCUGGUAUUUAAGAUGCUUGUAAAUAUUAUUUAUGUUUUUAAUUUUGUAAAAUAAAGAUUUCUUUUUAACCACUGGCA